AUGGAUUCAUCGACAAGAACAAAUAUUUUAAAUAAACGACAUACGUUAAAUAUUCCAAAAUCUCCAUCAACUAAUGAUACUUCUGAUAAUUCUCGACGUCCUUCAUUUAAUACUGGUCGACGAUUAAGUUUUCAACAACAAGAAAUAACUGAAUCGUCGAAGUCAAAAACAAAUCUAAGAAAUUUUUAUGUAUUUUUUGUAUUACUUUUUCUUUUUAUUUUUCUUGCUGUUAUUUAUUCAUUUAUUCGUAUGAUAAAAAAUCAAUCGUAA